CUUAGUCGACCAUCUGUAGUAAGCAAACCGCAGAUAGGAAAGGCGAAUACAAUAGGUGAACAGAUAGCCUCCCCAGAGUCCCACUUUGUUCCUGCCAGUAGAUCUAUCUUUCAAUAAUUUCAAAAAGUCUCAAUUUCGGUAGCCUAUUUCUGGGUGAGUGGAUGAACCGGCGCACAGAUGGUGGCAUUUGUGGUAAUAAGCAAGGAGAAGGUUUUGAAACCGUUAGUCCUGGACCUAUCUAUGACAAACCAGUAGGCAAGCAAAAGGCACAGAAAUAAGGUUGAGGACGUAGGCUAGACUAUAUUGUUUAUUUAGACAAUAGGCUCUUUUUUUGUCAAGUCAUGAGCAAUUUUAAGGACAUAAAGUCGACCUGUCAACUGAGCUCGGAUAAUAAUUCCGUGAGCAGCAAUGACUGGGAUAUGGCCAAUGAUGUGUUUGUGACCUGCUACGAGGACCCGAUGGGAGAGAAUAUACACGGGGAGAUGGACUCGGUCCAGUCCGGCUUGGAAAUACACCUGCCUCCGCUGCUGCUAGGCGAUCACCGUUUAUCUCAGGACAGCAUGCUAUUGGGCCUAGUGGAGGAAGCUUACUCGGGCUAUCAUCCUCUCCCCGACUCGGGGACAGAUUAUUUGGAUAUCACAAACGACCUGAACUACACCGAAAGUGAUGGGAAUGUGACUACAAAGAAACGUAACCGCUCCACCAGUUCCAGGCACCGCGGGGAGGUCGUCACUGAGCUGGGACCAGAGGAAGUGCGAUGGUUCUACAAAGAGGACAAGAGAACAUGGAAGCCAUUUGUUGGCCACGACUCUUUGAAAAUUGAAGUCAUUUACCGCAAAUUAUGUGAACUAAAUCCCUGCAAGGUCAAAUGUCGGAGUCCCACCACCGAACAAGAGGAUGCCAGUGAGUCGGCCACGGGUUCCGAGCCCCAACUGGUAGAUGUGGCACACGGGGGAGCUGUUCAAGCAGAGACGGCGACAGGGGACGCAGAGGUUGGAGGGGACAGAGAAUGGGAGAAAGAUGAAGUCGACCUCGAUUCCAUAAGUGUAAACGUUGAGGCUGUUUGCGUCAGAGGUGGUCUCUACGAAGUGGACGUCAAAGACAAAGAAUGUUACCCCGUCUACUGGAACCAGCAGGACUGUAUUGCCGUGAUGAGGGGUCAGUGGUUCGUUGACGGCACGUGGCUUCCCCUUGAGGAGGACGAGAGUGACCUCAUCGAGCUGGAGCACCUUGCCCGUUUCAGGGGGCACCAGACGAGGGAGACCUACGAGGCCGCCAUUGAAGUGGUGACCACCACAGUGGACAACAAGGAUGGUAAAGUGGAUGGACUCAAUGCAAUCCACAGUUUGAAACUGAGCCGAAGCCAUGUGGACUGGCACAGUGUGGACGAGGUGUAUCUCUACAGUGAUGCCACCACCUCCAAGAUCGCACGCACUGUCACCCAGAGACUGGGCUUCUCCAAAGCCGGCAGUAGUGGGACGCGUCUCCAUCGGGGCUAUGUGGAGGAGGCAGCGCCCGAGGACACCCCGCCCGAAACAACACACAUCGUCUUUGUGGUGCACGGGAUUGGUCAGAAGAUGGACCAGGGCCGCAUCAUCAGGAACACAAGCAUGAUGAGGGAGGCUGCUAGAAAGAUGGAGGAGAAGCAUUUCUCAGAUCGUUCCACAGGACACGUGGAGUUCCUUCCUGUGGAGUGGAGGUCCAAACUGUGCCUGGAUGGAGACACGGUGGACUCCAUCACUCCAGACAAGGUUCGUGGACUCAGGGACAUGCUCAACAGCAGUGCCAUGGACAUCAUGUACUACACCAGCCCUCUGUACAGAGACGAGAUCACUAAGGGUCUAACUCAGGAGCUGAAUCGUCUCUACAGCCUCUUCUGCAUGCGGAACCCUGAGUUUGGGGAGAGUGGCAAGGUGUCCAUCGUGUCCCACUCCCUGGGUUGUGUCAUAACCUUCGACAUCAUGACAGGCUGGGAUCCGGUACACUUCCGUCAUGAAGAACUAUGGGCCGAACCCGAGGUGAUGCAAGAGCGCUGGCCAAGCUGUCAGGGGCGUCAACUACAAGAGGAGAUGAGACUCACACGACUCAGGUUACGAGAUUUGGAAAAUCAGUUUGCUGGGUUGCAAUCCCCGUCAUCUGAAGGCUCUUCUUCAGCCUUGAAAUUUAAGGUGGAGAACUUUUUCUGCAUGGGUUCUCCCCUUGCCGUGUUCUUGGCGUUACGAGGGAUCCGACCGGGGAACAACGUGACUCAGGAUCACAUCUUACCCAAAUCCAUCUGCCAACGUCUCUUCAACGUCUUUCAUCCUACUGACCCUGUGGCUUACCGAUUGGAGCCACUGAUCUUAAAGAACUACAGUAACAUUUCACCUGUCCAAAUACACUGGUAUAACACAUGUAGUCCGACACCAUACGACCAGAUCCGUCCUACGCUGCUCAACCCUGCACUGAAGGAGAGAGCAUCCAUCUCGGACACGGAGAGCCUCCCCAGCCCCUGUACCUCCCCCCCUCAGACCCGAAGACACUACGGAGAGUCCAUCACAAACCUGGGGAAAGCCAGCAUUAUGGGUGCGGCCAGUCUCGGGAAAGGCAUUGGGGGGAUCUUCUUCUCCCGCUUCUCACGCUCAAGUGGUCAGGUGGGCAACGUGGAGGAGGAGCCUUCCGAUUCAGAGGGCGGGGUCUUGGAGGUGGAUAAUGCCGUAUCAGGAGAGGAGGGUGUGGCUACGGAGUUAGAGAAGUUACCUGUAGUAGAGGAGACAAGGGAAAUAGAGUCCUCCAUGUCUCGGUCCACCUCAGCUAUCCUGGACAACACCACAUUGGAGUUGGAGAGGCGCAUUGACUUUGAGCUGCGAGAAGGCAUGGUGGAGAGCCGCUAUUGGUCGGCGGUGACCUCGCACACAGCCUAUUGGUGUUCACAUGACGUGGCACUGUUUCUUCUCACCUUCAUGUAUAGACAGGGGUAUCCCACUCAGCUCUCUGAGGAUAACCCAGAGUUAUCCUAACCCACAGCCAACACACACACAGGGAGGAACACACACACACACACACACACACACACACACACACACACACACACACACACACACACACACACACACACACACACACACACACACAGAGAGACACACACACACACACACAGACACACACACAGAGAGAGGAACACACACACACACACACACACACACACACACACACACACACACACACACACACACACGACACACAGACACAGAGAGAGAGACACACUCUUUUUCCCUUUCCCUCAACACAUAUAAUAGUCUCCCAGUGCCAGUGUACACACAGAAAUUUGCGACCAGACCGAUUAGACAUAACUGUGUAUCAGAGACCACUUCACAGCCUGUGGUCAUCCCGUCAAAGACCGUACCUAUGGUCCUAAUAGUGACUGUUCCUCAUAUACCCACCCUGUGGGUUUAUUGAAAACUUUACUCCCCAGGCACACACCAACCUCAAUGAAGACUGUUCCUCUUUCCUGUGACUAAAUGAUGACUCUAGGAUCAAGCAUCUGUCAGUGUUCAUUAUCUUGGACUCGGCAGUGACUGUGUUGGUGUCGGACACAGCUUUGAGUGAGUCUGUGUGACUGCUGAAACUGUAGCCAUGCCUCUAGCCCAACCUCUCCUCUCACAACUCCCAGCAUCAACACUCAUUUAGAUGUUUAGUCUGUUGAGAGCGUUACAUCCAAAUCCAUCCCUCAGAACAUUGAAACCCAUUUGAUUUCAUCAUUUGAUUUCAACCCGUUUGGUGGAUCAAAGUGGAUUGUUGCAGAAGGUUUGAAGUAGCCUGGUUAAACAUUGUUUUUUCCGUUCAGUCUGGUUUGACCAGGCUAGGGUUAAUGCUGCUUUAUUGAUGAGGUCAUUGGACCUGAGCACGUGGUAGAGUAAAUAGAAUGUAGCUCUAUAGACUACCUGUACUGCUACGAUGAUGAUAUGUUGAGGUACCAUGUUUACACUAACUAACUAACUGAACGUUUUUAUAAGGGAUGAUGGAAAGAUGCUAAUGUUAAGUAGACAAUUUGAGCAAAGUUGCCAUAUACAGUUAUUUGCUUGUCUCAUAACUUAAUGGCAGGUUCGGUCUCUUGGCUGAUCCAUCCAUCGGGAAGACCACAGAAUUGUUUUAGUUCUACCGUGAAUUGUCUUGAUCCAACAGAGCACUACUAUAUCUGUUUGUACUACUAACAUGUUGCACAUAACGCAGUAACUUUCUAGUCAGGCAACAAACAGACAACAUAUGAGUAAAACAAGAGGAACACAGGCAUGAAGGACCCAUGCAACAUAUUUUAUUUACAUCCAAGUAACUAAAGAGAGUUGCAUUGGAGAGGACUGGAUAAUACACUGUACUAAUACAAUAUACUUUAUUAGAAUCAAUAAUGAUUUGGGUCAAAAUGAAAACAAAGCAUGCAGUAUGUACAUGCUUGGGCUCCCGAGUGGCGCAGCGGUCUAAGGCACUGCAUCUCAGGUGCAAAACGUGACACUACAGUCCCUGGUUUGAAUCCCGGCUGAAUCCCAUCCGGACGUGAUUGGGAGUCCCAUAGGGUGCCGCACAAUUGGCCCAGCGUUGUCCGGGUUUGGCCGUCAUUGUAAAUAAGAAUUUGUUCUUAACUGACUUGCCUAGUUAAAUAAAGGUUUUUAAAAAAUGUCUUGCUGUUAGUGAGGGAUUACAGCAUGCAGGCUCAUUUGUUAAAGGCUUUUAGCAAAGUAAUUACACUAACAUCGAAUGACAUCACUUACGUCAGAUCUCUCUGCCAGAAUAAAGCUUGCCAUCAGGACGUUUUUUAACAUGAUUUAUGUAAACACAACAGAGUUUUUUUUAACACAGUAUCUGUUAGGAUUACUUUUUACUGUCUUGUGAAUGUUAGCUAUUUCAUUUCUCCUCAGAUGUAUUUGAAAGCCUCCCUUGUUAGAUCAGACUGUAAGAUUCCUAGGUAUUCUACUCUGCCAUCCCCAUGCCUUUGCUCUAACACCUGGUUCCCACUACAGGGCCGAACCAAAUCAAACUGUGCUGGCACAGAUAUUUUAUUUUCACAUUGUCCUUUCUAGCAUGGUUCUAACAGCUAUGGUGGAUGCAUAACCAGACUAGGCCAGUACAACACAGCACAGUUUGGCUCUGUAGUAUGAAAGGUUAUUGAGAAACCUCUUAGUGAGUCUUACCCAUGCUUCUCUCCUUGGUUCUUUAUAUCCUUGUUUACAUGUCGUCCCACUGGGCACAGACGUCAAUUCACUAUUCCACGUUGGUUCAACGUAAUUUCAUUGAAAUGACGUGGAAACAACAUUGAUUCAACCAGUGUGUGCCCAGUGGGAUGUUGUCACUGUUACACUCAUAGAGAUGAUAGGUUCAUCGUCCUUAGGAUACAAUUUACCCAUUCAUGUGCCAUGACGUGUAAGUGACAUAGAUGUCUUCUCUUAAUUUUGCAUAGAGUUGUCAUUCAUGACAAAAUGAAGUACUGUACCCUAGGCAACAGUGGAGGCUGCUGAGGGGAGGACGACUCAUAACGGAUGGAACGGCGCAAAUGGAAUGGCUUAAACACAUGGAAACCAUUUGAUACCAUUCCACCAAUUCCGCUACAGUCAUUACCACGAGCCCGUCCCCCUUCAUCCAUUACCACGAGCCCGUCCCCCUUCAUCCAUUACCACGAGCCCGUCCCCCUUCAUCCAUUACCACGAGCCUGUCCUCCCCAAUUAAGGUGCCACCAACCUCCUGUGCUAAGGAAAUGUAAUUGUGAUUGUGUUGUGGGUCAUCCUCCCUUCAGCCGUAUUCCCUUUUGCCUUCCACCAGAGGACACUAUGUUUCUGUCAUGUCUCCUCUCCACUCACUGUCCAAUCUACUCAUGCUCACUCUUUUUAACGGUCGCCACUAGUUACCACAGCCACAAAGUCAAAAACCCUGCAUAUUUGUAAAAUGUUUCUUCUUAAAAUGGGAUUUCAAACCUAACCCGAACCUUAACCACCCUGCUAAACUUAUGCCUAACCCGAACCUUAACCACCCUGCUAAACUUAUGCCUAACCCGAACCUUAACCACCCUGCUAAACUUAUGCCUACCCCGAACCUUAAAUUAAGCACAUUUUUGUUUUCAUACAUUUUUACGGUAGCCAAUUUUACUUUUUGAUUGUGGUAACUAGUGUAAACCAUUUUUUUUCGUUCCCACUUCAAAUGAAUGACGUGGUGCUUAACCUUGGUAAACCUUUUGUUUUACAUUAAACUAUAUCUCUACA